UUUGCGACCUCUUCUGAGGACGACUUCGAGAUCGACUUAAUCACCUUAAAAAAGACUCCGAGAAACCAUUCCAGCCCCGACUCGCGGCUUACGUCGGCAUUCGAGCUGUUAUCUUACUUCGAGUCGUUCAAGCCCCGCAACGUGGACCACGACUACGUCAAGCAGUCAAUCACCAAAGUCAAAUCGCAUGUGGCACCCCCUGCCCUGCCUUCCGUGGAGGAAGAAGAUAAGGGCUACCUUCAAUUCGUGGAAUUGUACCGCCUGGAACUCCAGCAGUUCUUGAAGUUCAUCAAUCAAUCCUAUAACGCCAAAAUCAGCCAGUUCAAUCAAUUGACCUCGCUUGAGGUCUUGAACGCAUUGUACGUGUUCAAAAACUACUAUCAAAAAGGAAAAAUCCCAGAGGUCACCAAGUAUAACGCUGCCUCCUAUAACCACAUGUUCGGCCGGUUCGUCACGUACCUCACCAAGGACAAGUUGUUUCCCCAAACCCUCUCCAACGACCUCAUCCCUUAUGUCAAUGACUUGAAGAUUUUGCAGUCGUUGUACAAGGACGGAGUAGGUAACUUUGUGGAGGAACUCAACUCGUUGUCCACGGAGUUCGAUUUCGAUCGUAUCGAGACCUGCUCUCAGCUCCUGGACGAAAUCAAUAAGACUCUUGACCAGUUUACUGAUUUUCUAAACAGGAACCAGCAGGACAACGAAUUCAAAGUCGACUCCACUUUUUUCAGAAUUCUUAUUCAAAUCAAUAGGUACAAGUCAUUGAAAAAGGUGUUAGAUUCACAUCCUGAUGUGGCUGUUCGUCAUUUGAGAACUAUCCUCAACGAUCCUGAUAGUAUCAAGAUUAACCUAGGAAUUAAGCAGUCGUCAGGUAUCACCAGCGAAAUUCAAAACUCUUUGAAUGUAGCUGCUCCAUACUAUCAAGUGUUGAGAUGUAUCGAAGACAUUGAGAUAUCUGACUAUGAUUCCUUCCUCAAAACUGCACCUUCAUUGUAUGAGUGGGCAAAAUCUGAUGACAAGAAAAUUAUUCAAGGUGCCUCCUUCAGAGUCUUGCAGGUGUGUUUGUCACUAUUCAAUAGUGGCUUGGUAUCGGAGGGUGAAUCGAGCCACAUAUUGAAUUAUUUAACUUCUGGAAAUACUUUUGGCAAGCAUAACUUGAUAGAGGUGGUUCCGGGAAACACUCUUUUGAAUUACGAACUUACCAUCUUUAAGUACUCUGGUUUGUUUGACUCUUUGGAUAUUUUGAAAUUGGUCAGAGCCCAUUCGGGUGGUUCGUUUGCGACUAAAUCUACCACCGAAAUUGUCAAAUCAUUAGAGACUUACGUCUCGAGCAACACACUGAAAUUUGUUGCAGAAGAGCUAGUAUUAGUAGACAAUGCUCUCCAUUGGUUUGUCUACUACGUUCCCUGGUCCGAUUUCGCUAUUUUCGAUCAAAUGAUCGAGAAUAGAAAAUGGAUUCAAAAACUAGCAGAACAAAAUCUGCAAACGGCUCAGAAAUUCAACAAUUUAUCAUCUAAGGAUGCAUUGGACUUGUUUAACAAUCAACAACUUGCCUAUGCUACGAAGCCCUAUGUCCAAAUUCCUGACGAGUUGAAGCUUGAAGAUUUUGUUAAUGAGUUACUGAUCCUUCAGAGAGAUGUAUUGAGGAUGGACUUCGAAGCAGCCAGUUCGUCGCAAAUUCUUAAAUGUUUAAAUGAGGAAAUUGAAAAAGCAUUUGCAGGCACUUCAAAAUAUCUUGAUGAGGAAUCUGUUUUUGAAUAUAUCAGAUUAAUGCGAAGAUUGGAUCAAUUGUUUGAUUUGAACGGCGAUCAUACUGAAGUUUUGGACGCAUUAUUGAGAAGUCACUCAGUCUUUGAACAGAUGGAAUUGCGGAUCCAAGAAAAGACCCCUGAAGAGUAUGUUCAAAUACCAGAUGAGUUAGGGUUGCACAAAUAUAUCAAGGAAUUGGAAAUAUUGAGGGAUGACGAAUUGAAGAAACCUUUCAAGAAUGCAUCUGUUCUGGAAAUUCAAUCUUUGUUAAGUGCAAGGAUUGAUGACAUAUACGCGAACUUAAAUGAAUCGUCAACUAAUUCGAGAAUGAAUAGUCUGAAUGUCAUUCAGUUCGUGAAAUUGAGUAAAAGAUUAGCCAGCUUAUUUGAAAUCAACGGUGGAAAUGCAAACAUCCUAGACACCUUACUAUAUAAUCAACAAGUAUGUGAUGAUCUUGACUCGAAAUUGGCACUGCAAAAGAAUAAUGAAUACGUUCAAAUUCCGGAUGAUUUGGAAUUGCACAAAUUCUCUGAUCAACUUGAAUGCUUCCGUGAUGAAGUUUUGAAAAAGCCAUAUAGAGAUUACAGCCCAGAUGAAAUUAAUUCAUUAUUGGACAAAACUAUCGACGACGUGAUAGGUAAAGGAUUGGUUAUCCAAGGUUCUAAUAUCAAUUCGGAUACGAUUUACAAUUAUGUCAAACUCAGUAAGAGAUUAACCAGAUUAUUCAAUACUAAUGGAGGUUACACUGAGGUUUUGGACACAUUAAUUCACAGUCAAAGUGUUUUCAAGGAUUUUGAAAAGAAGAUUGGGAAUACUCUGAAAAAGUUUGAAGCGAAGAGGUUUAUUAAAGGUAACCCCUUGGCUUAUAAACAGAUUCCUGAUGAUUUCCACUUAGAAGAAUAUACUCCAGAAUUGAUUCAAUUGAAAAAUGAAUUGGGACAGGAAUUUAAAAUAACCCCAGCUCAAGAGAUAAUUGAUAGGUUGGGUCAAUUCAUAGAGAGGGAAUCUAAUCUUGACAAAAAAGUAACCUGGAUCCAACUUCAGAGAAACUUGAGAAUGCUCUUCAAUCAUAACAAUAAUGCCACUUUUGUUUUGGAUAAUAUCCUAGUGAACAGUGAGGUUUUUUUGAAGUUUGAGUCCAAUAAAGCAUUUAAUACCUUGUCAAAUAAAGAGAGCUCAUUGAUUGGAGAAAACAGCAUUUUGAUUAAUGACUCCCUUGAAUACAUUGAAAGGUUUUUGAAGAAGCUGGAGUUGAUCGCAAAGAAUGGUAUUUGGGAAUUAACCUCGGAUGAGUUUAGUGAAUUGUUGAAGGAGUUUGGGAGAACUGUGGAUAAAAAUGCUUAUGAUUAUCCAAUUUAUUUAAACUUGGUACAAGAAUUGGAAAGAUUCAAUUCGAACCUUGAGUAUUAUCCUAAUUUUCUUCAGGAAUUGUAUGAAAUCAAGUUGAACAAUUUGGACAAAAGAUUGACUAAACAAGACGUGGAAGUGAUUUAUAAAGCAUUCAUCGAAAACUUCGAAUAUGAGGAUGAAAACACGGAACAUCUGGAACCCAUAAGCACAUUUGAUAUGAGUGAAUUUAGAGAUGUUUCAAAGGAUGCUGUUAAACUUAGUGUACCCAAAUAUGAAGUUGUUGAUGAAGCAGAAGCGGUUGCGCUCAAAUCUGACUAUAAUGAUUCUGAAAAGUUGCUAUCCAUACUAAGCAAAAGUGAAGAACCGUUAGACCUAGAGAACAACUCAGUCUUGGGUUACCAUAUGGAGAAUGAUCCUGAAGAGAGAAGUGAACUGGACAUUAGGGAUGCUGUUUCGAUUGCGUUGAGCGGGCGCAGUUCUUUUAAGCCCAAGCAAGUGAAGCAAAAGAAGCAAAAGUACGACAACCAGGAAUUUGAAAACUCUAUUGCAUCUACAAGCGAGUUGUCUGAUUCCAUUUCGUCUUCUUUGGAGAAUUUCUUACAGAAUGCUAAGAAGGAACAAGAAAUGAUAAACGAGAUGAAGUUCAGACAGUCGAGAGCGUUCGAUUGGAACAAUAGUAUGUCAAACUCACACAGAUCAUUGGAAUCACACAAUUUUUUUGAUCCACUCAACUCGAGGCCUGGCCGUUCCAACAACUUCAUGGAGUACUUAUUGUUAACUUUAGAGGGCGCUACAAUCAAGUCCGAUAAGUCUUCUAUUGGAAAUCUCCCAGAACUGGACAUCUUCAAGAUUCUAAACACUUUUGAAAAGCAGGAUUUGGAUAAGUUUAUUAAGAAUUUCAAGAGACUCCAAAGAAGUAAUUGGAAGGUGGUGGGAAGCAAGAUAGAGGGAGAUCAAAAGUACUUGAUCUUAUCGCGCCCCAGCAUCAGUAAGUCCAGAAUAGUUUUGAAUCGGAUUAAAACGCUCUUGGCUACCACGGGGGCUAUUCUUGCUUCAUUGGUUGCACUCAAUCUCUGGUUUGAGGAGACUGUUCCUGGAGAGAAACUACAACCCACGGUUCGAGAGCAAACACGUGUCGAGCCAGUGGAAAGUCAUGCGCUCGGCCAGGAGCAGCCAGCGACUACGUCCAGCUGGAGGAGCCUAUUAUGG